AUGGUUCAGGAAUGGUUUGAGGAGCACAAAAACAAAUUUGACGUGUUGACUUGGCCUCCAAAUUUCCCAGAUCUCAAUCCAAUCAAGCAUCUGUGGGAUGUGUUGUGCAAACAAGUCCUAUCCAUGGAGGCCACACCUCGCAAUUUACAGGACUUAAAGGAUCUACUGCUAACAUCUUGGUGCCAGAUACCACAACACACCUUCAGGGGUCUAGUGGAGUCCAUGCCUCGACGGCACUCACUGACGUUUGACUUCACCAUAUCCUCUGGAGUCAAAAACAUCCCAGAUUUUGUGGUUGUUGGGUUCAUUGAUGAAGUUCCAGUAGGUCACUGUGACAGCAUUGGGAAGAAAGCAAAAGCUAAACUGGACUCGCUACAAAAACUACUAGAAGAUGAUCCAGAGCACUUUAAGUGGUACACUGAGAGGUGUCUGUUAAUCCUACAAGAGUCCAAAGCAUUAAUUGACAAUUAUAAGGAAUCUGGGGGCUCUGUCUCAGCUGUCCACACCUUCCAGAGGAUUGAGGGCUGUGAAUGGGACAAUGAGACUGGAGAGGUUAAUGCAUUCAUUCAGUUUGGUCUUGAUGGAGAAGACUUCUUAGCAUUUGACCCAAAGACAAUGACAUGGAUCGCACAAAAACCAGAAGCUGAAGGUACCAAACACAUCUUGGACAGCAAUAGACCCAAAAAUGCAAAUCGGAAAAACAUACUCACUCAUCUUUUCCCUGAGUUUUUGAAGAGAUAUUUGGACCUUGGGAAGAGCCAUCUGCUGAGAACAGACCUUCCCUCAGUGUCUCUCCUCCAGAAGACUCCCUCCUCUCCAGUCAGCUGCUUCGCUACAGGUUUCUACCCCGCCAGAGCCGAGAUAUUCUGGAGGAAAGAUGGAGAGGAGCUUCAUGAGGAUGUGGAGCUUGGAGAGAUCCUCCCCAACCAUGAUGGAUCCUUCCAGAUGAGUGUUGACCUGUAUCUUUCAUCAGUCACACCUGAAGACUGGAGGAGGUACGAAUGUGUGUUUCAUCUCUCUGGUGUGAAGGACGACAUCAUCACCAAACUGGACAAAACUGUGAUUAAGACCAACCGUGGUAAGACUGGAACACUGAUUUUACAAUGUGUUGUAGGACUGCUGCUGCUCCUGGCAGUCUGCAUCGCUGGAGUCUUCAUCUGGAGAAGGAGAAAUAAUGGUGAGAGACAACAAUCUGCAAACAACAAGAUGAAUAGGAUUCUGUUGUUUCUUCUCUUUUGCCAUGUUUCCACUCCAGUCCAGCACUCGCUGAAGCUUGGCUACACUGCGUCCACUGGAGUCAAAAACAUCCCAGAUUUUGUGGUUGUUGGGUUCAUUGAUGAAGUUGCAGUAGGUCACUGUGACAGCAUUGGGAAGAAAGCAGAAGCUAAACUGGACUGGGCACAAAAAGUGAUAGAUGAUGACCCUGAGCACUUUAAGUGGUACACUGGCAGGUGUCUGACAAUCCUACAACAGUACAAAGAAUUAACUGACAAUUAUAAGGAAUCUGGAGCUGUCCACACCUUCCAGAGGAUGGAGGGCUGUGAAUGGGACAAUGAGACUGGAGAGGUUAAUGGAUUUGCUCAGUUUGGUCGUGAUGGAGAAGACUUCAUAGCAUUUGACCCAAAGACACUGACAUGGAUCACACAAAAACCAGAAGCUGACAACGUCAAACACAUCUGGGACAGCGAUAGACUCAGAAAUGAAGUUUGGAAAAACGUACUUACUAAGCUUUUCCCUGAUUUUUUGAAGAGAUAUUUGGACCUUGGGAAGAGCCAUCUGCUGAGAACAGACCUUCCCUCAGUGUCUCUCCUCCAGAAGACUCCCUCCUCUCCAGUCAGCUGCUUCGCUACAGGUUUCUACCCUAACAGAGCCGACAUAUUCUGGAGGAAAGAUGGAGAGGAGCUUCAUGAGGAUGUGGAGCUUGGAGAGAUCCUCCCCAACCAUGAUGGAUCCUUCCAGAUGAAUGUUGACCUGGACCUUUCAUCAGUCAUACCUGAAGACUGGAGGAGGUACGAAUGUGUGUUUCAGCUCUCUGGUGUGAAGGACGACAUCAUCACCAAACUGGACAAAACUGUGAUCAAGACCAACUGUGUUCCAGUUCCUCCCUCAGACUCCCCUACUGGUCCUGUUAUUGGAGCUGUUGUAGGACUGCUGCUGCUCCUGGCAGUCUGCAUCACUGGAGUCUUCAUCUGGAGAAGGACAAAAAAUGAGUUCAUCCCUGUAAACGUCAAAGAUGCAGACACGAGUGACAACAUCUGGAGAGAAGUGAUGCUGCUGUCCAGCUGUUUCCUCAGAGCUUUGGUGGAGAUGAAUCACUGCAGCAGCUACCAGACACCAAAGAGCCACAACAUCACUCCAGCUCUUGACCCCAUGGUAGUUAAGCAGAUGGGGCAGAGGAGGAUCGGAGAGUUCGGGAAGGGGGUGCUGCAGUCCCUGCCGCACCCACACUUCCCGGCGCCUAUGUAG